AUGAGUUUGUUACGCACUUUGAAAGUUCUAGUGAUUCUAUUUAAUCUGCUGACCGUAUGCGCUAAUGGAGAAACUGGCAACAUACCUCUGGACAUGCAUAGCUUAUCCGCGGAUCAGAAUAGAUACAUGUAUCCGAAUACCAUAUACUACCCUAGAUACAGUUACAGUCAAGACCGCAGUAUGGAAGGAAAGUCUGCACACGACGAAAAGGUUACUUUUGACAACUUCUUUGAUAGUGUAAAUGAUGUAACGAAUCAACAAGAUUCUAGAUCCCGGGCUGCUACAAAAUUUGCCCCAACGACAUUCUCAAAACCAUUGACCUACCACAAACCCAGCUAUACAUCUUGGCCUUCAAGUAUCUACCACGAACCCACGUUAGCACCAAUGGAUACGGACUUCUUGAAACCAAAGUUUGGACUACUAGAAUCGGGUAUAAAAACGCCAAAUAAACUGGGCAGUUUGUUACACCUCGGUUUCGCCUUAUUAGGGGGGUCUGGAUUUAAGGAGACUUUAAUAAACAAUAUAUUGAGACCGCUGCUGGCGUCUAAGGGGGCGUUGAAAUCGUUUAUUGGUAAGCUAUCAAUUCCGAUCGUCGCUUUGGUACUGGUAAAUGUAGAGAUCUUGUUUGUGGUUUGGUGGCUGUGGGAAGAGUGCCCCGAAGUACCAGUGGAAACUAUGACGCCGUUCUCCGCCCAAGCUCCAGUCAGCAACUUGAGUACAUUCGAAUAA